CCCCGCCAAGGACUCCAGCAUCUGCGACACUCAAAUCCAGACCCCUCUUGCCACAGUCAUUCAUCUCCUAGUUACGCUCUUCGUCGCCGCAUCCUAUACCCCGCAACUCGUCAAGAUCAGAGCGAGCAAUGCAGGAGAUGCAGGGAUUUCUGGCCGGUACAUCAUCCUCCUGACUACCAGUGCCACUACCCAUUUCGCCACUCGAAUCAAAAACCUAUACAGCAGCUUCGCCUGGGCCUGCUUCCGGGAUGGAGAGUUGGCAGGGUUUAAUCUUUUCUCUGCCCUGGUGAUGUAUCUCCAGCCAUUUAUCCACUGGGCGGCAGCAAUCAUCUUACUAGUUUUCUAUAUCUCGUUCCGCACGCCGACCCGUGCCCUGGCUAUGGAUACCAAGAAUAGGCCUAUUUCGCCCAGCGCGUCCUCUCCCAGCAACACAACCAUUCUCGCCAUAGUCCUCACCCAUGCAGUUGUUGUCCUCCCGCUUGCUAUACAUUUCCUAGAUCUUCUAACCCGAGAAGGAGGGUACGAUGAUGUCAAUGUUAUUGUUGAUAGUUUUGUUGUUGGCCUCCUCCUCCGCUUUACGGGCCUCCUUACCUCCCUUACCACGGCCAUACCGCAGAUUCGCACCCUGGUUACCCGCUACCGCGCCAACGGCAAUACCUUUGAUCGGGGAAGCCUAAGCCUGCUUGUCCUUGGCCUCCAAGCCGUGGCGUUUCUUGCCCUGGGUGCUUCGCAGGGCUGGAGGAUGAGGCCACUGCCACCAGAUCCUGACACUCGACCCAGGGCGGACAAUAUUGUAAUCUGGAGUUUGGACUGGUGGGGAUGGCUUUUUCUUGUUGCGGGGCUGGCAGCCGGGUGGGCAGCACUGGCCCUUUCUCAGCUGCUGGUUCUAUGUGUGGCACUGCGCCUGGGAGAGCGAGGUACUCAUUCUGUCAACGUUUGA